CUCCCUUUCUCUCUGCUUCAUAUCUCUGCCUCUCUCUCCUCUAUUUCUCGCACUCCUCUCUCUCUCUCUCUCCCUCCCUCCUCUCUUUCUUUGUCUCCUCAGCCAUGUUGGAGGUGAGCUCAUCCCUGAGCCCGUCGAUGGUGCGGUUUUGUACAGGAGAGCUCAGUGUAGACUGUCUUGCCUCCCUGGCUGCCCAGAAUCUGGACUAUAUCCUGGCCUCUGCCCCUACACUGCCCCCUCCUCCCUGCAUCCCACCCAAGAGCUUCAAUG